AUGGCUGGAGAUUUAUUUUCGUUUUCAUUAAACCCUUAUACUUGCAUCUGCUUUGAGUCAUUUGGCAAAACGAGCGUUUGUGGCAUUGUGGGUUUUGAAUGGAGAGCUGAGAAGAUGUGUAGCAAUGUAGUUGUAGGCCUUCCUUCCCCUCCAAAUCUUAACGGGACUCUUUCUUCUCCAACUCCCACUUCGAACACAAAAGAUGGAGACCACUUGGUAAUGAACCACACUGGGGUUGGAGGGUAUAAGUGGCGUUUGGUUAUUGCUUAUGACGGCACCCGCUAUGCAGGAUGGCAAUACCAGAGUUCACCACCUACAAUACAGUGCUUUGUGGAGAAAGUUCUAAUGCAAGCAACAAAGCUGGAAAGGAAGGAUCUUAGUUUGGUUGGUGCAAGUAGGACAGAUAAGGGAGUACAUGCUUGGGGUCAGGUUGCACACUUUGUCACACCUUUCAACUAUGACAGCAUAGAUAGCAUUCAUGCAGCUCUCAAUGGUCUUCUUCCUUCUGAUAUUCGAGUGAGGGAGAUCAGCCCUGCAGUGCCCGAAUUCCAUGCUCGUUUUUCAGCGAAAAGCAAAAUUUAUCAUUACAAAAUAUAUAAUGACACAUUCAUGGACCCUUUUCAGCGUCACUAUGCUUACCAUAGUGCUCAUAAGCUAAACCCCGCUGCUAUGAAAGAAGCUGCAAAGUAUUUUAUUGGAAAGCAUGAUUUCUCUGCUUUUGCCAAUGCCUCCCAGAAAGAACGAGUGCGAGAUCCAGUAAAGAAUAUAUUCCGUUUUGAUGUCAUUGAAAUGGGGGCUCUUUUACAACUAGAAGUUGAAGGCUCGGGUUUCUUAUAUCGACAAGUCCGGAACAUGGUCUCUCUGCUGCUUCAAAUUGGAAGGGAAGCACUUCCUCCUUAUAUUGUUCCCAUGAUAUUGGCAACACGAGAUCGCAGGGAACUUGCUAAAUAUGCCAUGUUUGCUCCACCUCAGGGGCUUAGUCUUGUGACAGUCAAGUAUAACGAGGAGCAUCUAAGGCUUCCAUCUGGUUGCUCCACGAACAGUUUUGGUAGGCAUUAUACCAUAGGCUCAUGUAAGCUUCCAUUCUACUAA